GCAGAUGUAGUGAAGUUGUGACGAGGAACUAACCGAAUGGAAAGUGAAGUUUCACAAGACUCACAGUAACUGACUAUAACGUGUUAUAGCAACACAUGAACAGUUUAAAUCCCACUUUUUUCCCCCACUAAAGACGGGAAAUAAACCAUUUAUCAUAGAUAUCGAUUCUUUCAGGGAUUAUCGUCUGAAAGCAGCGAUGGCUCCUUCUCUGGCCCAGGCCUACCGUAGGCGCUGGUGGAUGGCGGUGACUGCGGUCAUAGAGAACCUGCUGUUCUCUGCUGUGCUGCUGGGCUGGGGAUCGCUACUCAUCAUGCUCAAGAACGAGGGCUUCUACUCACACCUCUGCAUAGACAACGAGACAGUGUUCAGUAACAUCAGUUCGUGGGACAGUGGUAUCUGGCAUAGCUGCGUGGACCAGGAAGAGAUGUUGAAUCUGGGCUUUACCAUUGGCUCCUUCCUGCUGAGUGCAGCCACUCUGCCGCUAGGUAUCCUGAUGGACAAGUACGGGCCCCGCCCGCUCCGCCUCCUCGGCAGUGCGUGUUUUGCUUUCUCUUGUGCCAUGAUAGCUGGAGCUGCCUAUAACCCCGAAGUACUCUCGGCCCUCAUUUUCAUAGCAGUCUCCUUCAACGGCUUCGGAGGAAUCUGCCUCACCUUUACCUCCCUCACGUUGCCCAACAUGUUUGGGAACGUGCGCUCCACCAUCCUGUCUCUAAUGAUCGGCUCCUACGCCUCUUCAGCCGUCACCUUCCCUGGAGUCAAGCUGAUCUAUGAUCUAGGUGUGUCCUUCAGGGUGAUCAUGUGGGUGUGGUCGGGGCUAGCCGGUCUCGUCUUCCUCAACUGCUUCCUCAAUUGGCCGGGGGAGUCUUUCCCCGCACCGGAGGACAUCAGCUACACUAAGGAGGUGAAGCUGAGUGGCAUGGUGAUGGAUGACAAGGUGACGGGGGACAGAUUCUACAGUCAUGUGACCACGGUGGAAGAGAAGGUGGCUGCGAAGCAGCAGGAACCAGAUCCCUCGUCAGAGCAGCUCCCAACUGGAGAACAGACACAGGGUGGCCCUCCUUUCCGUAGUUCAGUCUGCUCGCCCAUCUUCCUGUGGAGUCUCAUCACCAUGGCGAUGACCCAGCUACGCAUCAUCUUCUUUAUGGGCGCCAUGAACAAGAUGCUGGAGUUCCUGGUUACCCACGGCGACCCACACCCCUCUAAGGAGCUAUUGAUGGAGGCAGAGCAACAAGUGGGUUUCUACUCGUCAGUGUUUGGCUCUCUGCAGCUGCUCUGCCUGCUCACCUGUCCUCUGAUUGGCUACAUCAUGGACUGGAGGAUGAAGGAGUGCGACGUAGACCAGAGCCAACCUGAACCCCCGAAGAGAGACAGGAAGAUCCAGAAACUGACAAACGCCAUCCGUGCUUUCAUCAUCACCAACGUUCUACUGGUCACCUUCGGAGUCAUCCAGAUGAUAGACAACCUGCCUGUACAGAUAAUUUCCUUCAUCGUCCACACCAUGGUCAGGGGUUUCGUCCACUCCUGUGCCGGAGGACUCUAUGCUGCCGUAUAUCCGUCCAAUCACUUUGGGACAUUGACGGGGAUGCAGUCGAUGAUCAGCGCGCUAUUCGCUCUCCUCCAGCAGCCUCUCUUCGUCAUCAUGGUGGGACACCUGGGAGGAGACCCCUACUGGAUCAACCUGAGCCUGCUCAUUGCCUCAUUGGCUGGAUUCCUGUUGCCCGGAUACCUGAUCUAUCACCGUAGGAACCUGAUGCGAGAGAAGGUGGACGAGUGUGAGAGGGAGGCCGCUAACCAAUCAGAAAGAGAGAGACAAACCUUACGGCAACCAGAAAAUGGCCAUACCAAAGACCAUACUAAUGGACAUCUCAGCAAUUAAGCUUAAGAAUCUUGACCAAACUAACUGUCAAAUAUCAUAGUCAUUAAUUGUAAAAUAUCAUUAUAGACCAUCGUCAUGACGAUGACAAAUGAUGGUUGUCAUUUUCGGACAGUGAUGACAAUAUUGUGCACUGGAGUUUGGACAUGUCGCCCUUAAGCCCUUUUUAAUUUGACAUCAAAAUACACACUCAAUAUACUCAUUUUUGUUUUAGGUAUGACAUGCCAAAGAAAUCCUAAAAUAUACAUUUAACUGAUAUUUAUUUCAGUUAAAAACAUAAUUUCAUGCCUAAACGUGAAAUAGAAAAUCUCAAUGGAAAUUGAGGUUCGGCAAUUCAAUAAUUAAGCAAUACAAUUUACACUGACCGGAAAUUCCAUGAAGGUUAUUGGUACCAUUUCAGGUCACCCUUCCACCAACCAGAAGCACAACUCUCAGUAUUCUGUAGUAGACAGGAAGUGGAUUUAUUUCGCUAUCAGAUUGGCUGGUGUAACAAUGAACUACCUCCCCGACCAAACUCUCACCACCCCACAGUCACUUCAUUCAUUUAGGUCUGGCAGCCAGUCUGGUACUAAUAUUUUAUUGGUCGUUGUUUGUUUGUCUUUCUGUCUUUUCCGGUUCACUCCCUGUAUCUAUACUUGUCUUUAUUGUGUCUUUACAUCGAGCGGAGAAUACAGAUUAGGAGGAGACAUGGUGGAGAAGGGGAACCGCAGUUUCCCCGUACAUGUGCUCAGACCACCAGCCCAUAGGGCCUGCACAUCCCUAUUAAUUUGACUAUCAAUCUGCACCUGCAAUCUCCCCGUGUCCCCUUCUUUAUCUCCAUGUCAGACCUGUCAUUGUAAGUCCACUAAGUACUAUGCCCACUUGGUCAAGUCUGCGGCUAUGUCCGAAAUGGCACCCUAUUCCCUAUAUAGGAAAUAGGGUACCAUGUGAGACAGAACCGAGGUUUUGAGAUGACAUCAUCCAUUGUUAUUUCCGCCAAUCAUAGCUAAGUUCAGGACAGUGGUACGGUAUGCGAGGUGUUGUGCAGGCACAGCCUAGUUUGCAGCAACGUUGAUGGAAUUUUGCUUUUAGAUAAUCAUGUCAUUGAACUUGUUGCGUAUGAUAAAAUUGCAACGGGAAAUGUCUGUGUAGUUCAAGAGAAAUGCCAAUCGGUACCCAUCACCGAAACCUUUCAAGGUGAGCUGUUACAAAGGAGCUCUUACAAAGAGCUGUAGAUUAGUUUCAAAGAAAAGUAUUUAUAGAAAUGUGGGCAAGAAAGAGCACUUGCCAGUAGCUGAUUCAAUCUGGUCAAACAGCCCACCAACCAACCAUCUUGAAAUGUUAAACCGUGUUUACAGUACUGUACGAGAUAAUAUAGAUGUACAGAUGUGUUGCUCAAAUCAACUCCAAAAGCUGGUGAAUCUGAUCAACCAACCGUCUUCGAUAUUCAAAAACAAUACAUUAUUUACAACUAACAGCCCUCUAUGAGGUCAAAUAAAACAGUAUUUUACAGUUCAUAGUAUUGUAUUUGGUCAAAUAAAAGUGUUGCUAGUUUACAGUACUGUAUGAGGUCAAAUAUAACAAACAGUAUUACUAGUUAACAGUAAUGUAUGAGGUAAGGUGGAUGCACCUGAACCCCGAUAUCACUGUCCCCAUGACAACGACAGUAGAACCACCUCAUUGGAGCAGGGCUUCAUUUAGCAGGUGCAUUGGAGCUACUAGGCUAUUUAUUUAGUGUGCAUCCCACUAAAUCCCUCUGUAGGGUAUGGGGUGCCAUUUGUGAUAGAGACCGCGUGCGUGACUUAGUACCGCUUGAAUCUGAAAGAGAAUACUGUAUUGUAUGUAUGUAAUAAAUUGAAUGUGUGUGCUUUAUUGUAA